UGUGUGUGUGUGUGUGUGCUGUAGAUAAACAGGGAGAUGUGAGACCUUCAAAUUAAAAGCCCACAUCUUGUCUCUGUAAAAUGAAACAUUUACUGAGUCACUCACAGCUUCUGCUGAACUGAUGUAACCAGUGCGUGUGUGUGUGUGUGUGUGUUUGUGUGUGUGUAUCUUGAUAUAGAUAGAUAAUUAAUAUUAUCUAUAAUUAACACGUAAUGCACAGCAGAGCCCAGGGCAGGUAGUUUAUUAAAUAUCAUGAAUUCUCAUUAAAUGAUGACGUUAAGUGUGAUUUAUACUUCUGCGUUGAAUCGACGCCGUCGAUUGGUACCAGAUUGGUCGGGUGGGUUGCCUCGCAAUGCCUCCGAGCAGACAGGAAGUGCCACGUACUUUGAAGUAACUUCUACUAGUGGCCAAACCAGCGGCUGUAACACGAUGGAUCAAUAUAGGAGCGAAGUGACUCGUUUCACUAUCAGAAGGAGAUCCAUUCGGUCAAGAACAUUUGAAAAGGCUGUAACAGCUGCACGUUUAUAAUUUUACCUCCAUUCACGUUAGCUACGCCGUAGGCCCGACGCAGGAGUUAAAUUAAACUUUAGUCUUGUGAUAUUCUGCCAUUUCUCUGGACCGGUCAGAGAGAACACAGAUCUGUGGCAGAAAGUCUGCUGAAACACAGGAGCUGUUAAAGUCCAGGAGUUUCUAACUGAAUUAAAUUAAUUCAUGUCUCACGGAGGGGAAAAGGAGCCACGGUUACAUUUAUAGAUGUCACUUCCCCAAACAGAGACACAAAGAGGAGGGACGGCGAAAUCCUGACUCAGCAGAUAUUAAAGACGUUGAUCUACAGCAGAAACAGACCUGAGAGCAGCACUGAGUUAGACUCUGUUCCAGUUUCCUUUACAGAAACAUUUCCACCAGAAACUGAUGCAGAAGGUUUGACCAGAACGCAGGAAAUGAACUUUUUAAUGCUCAAAGAGUUCAAAUAAUUCGGCUUGAUUUCGUAAAAAUAAUUCAAAAUGUGGUCCAGUGAGCGGAGUGUCUCGUCACGCCCUAAUAUGUAAACACACAGUAUAUAACAGGUUACUAACGAACCACUGCUUAGGAAUCAAUCCGAACAUCUGACGCUCAGAGAGAAAGACAAAAAUAAGAGUUUUUUUGGUCAAACACUUGUCUUAUUUUGGUAGUUUUGUCCAUCAUUUCCUGUCUCUCAGUAAUAAUACAUACCAAUCUAAAAGUGUCAAAAUAAGAGUCACGGUGGAGGAACUUUUAUUAGGAUGAUUAUUCUAUGCAGGGAGAAACUAACAUACAAAUAUUUCAGCAUGUUUAAUAAAAUAAAUGUUUUCUUUUCUUUAUCUUUCCUCCAGUUUCUUCUACUCUCCCGUCUUUACAUCCACCUCCCCUCCCCCACUCACACUUUCACACCUCUAUUAUUUAUAUAUUUAUUUUAUCUCUGUCGUUUUAUUUCCUGCCCUCUUGUCUUCGAUGGCGCCUCGUGAAUAGAAAGCGGCAAGUGGACAGAGGACAGUUUGUCUCUUAUGCAGAUGAGCUGUGGAACAAACGCUGCAUUCAGGCUCCCAGCAGAGACGUAAAUCUGAGUUUCAGCUCAGUUGCCAGAUGUUUGAUGAGGUCUCUGAGAUUCAGUGAGGAUCUUCUGUAAAGAAGAUGUUGAGACAGAUUUAAUCUGAUUAUCAGAGGUGGAGCCACAAACAUUGGAUCCUACAUUUCCCAUGAUGCACCUGCACCACACGCUUUGCCUGAGGGUGCAUUCCAGUUGUACUGAACUCCCAACUCAGGUUUUACAAAAUUCCCAGCUCCGACUUCCAUCCUCUGAGGUAAACUGAAAUCGCCGUGAAUCCACAUGUCUGGACUUUGGUCUUAACGGGUUCCUGGGAAGUCAACGAAUGUGGAGGCCGCUUUCAAAUUAUGUCCACAUGGGACCUCAAGUGGACUUUCUGUGAGAGUCCACCUGGGGGGAUUGCACAGAAUACCCAUAAUUCAUUUCAAAGUUAUCAAAGAAAGGAAAUAAUCAAAAUAAUAAUAAUCAGAACAACAAGUUCCGGGCCUGAAACACCUGUAGGAAGAGGUGUGGACUCGAGUCACAUGACUUGGACUCGAGUCAGACUCGAGCCACAAAUAUGAUGACUUUAGACUCGACUUUGGCUUAAACACCAGUGACUCGUGACUUCACUUGGAGCCCUCUGAGUCGAGCUGACUUGACGCCCUCCCAAAUAUAAAUGUUCAUAUUAAUAAAAACUCAUCAACACUUAAUUGGUGUAGAGCAGAUCAAAGUUUAGGACUUAAGACUUGACUUGGAUCUGCCUGUCUGGACAUGAUUGCUUGAGACUUACUGGUCCUCUGGCUGUGAUUAAUAGACUCUGUAGAGACUCUCACCUGGUUGGUUCUCUGUCCGGCUGCAGCUUCCUUUCCUGCUUCACUCUCCGGAGCUUCGUUUAAAAAGCUGCAGAGUCAGUCAGAGAGUAGCUGCUGAAGAUUUAGCGGCUACAGAGCCAGAUGUUUCCCUCCGGAGCUGCUGUAGACCAAACACAGAGCUCAACAUGUCAACAUGUCAAAGGUCCUAUUGAUAAGCAUUAACGUGGUCGCUGCCCUUAGCAGAAACAGGCGCAGUGAGGUGUGAUGUCUCCUUCCUGUCUGAACCGUGUGUUUCUCGUUGUGCAGAAGAAGCUGGCGGCAGAGCCCGACUACACGGACGUGUCGCUGACGGCAGCGGAGCGUGUGCGGGCGCUGGGAAAGAUGGGAUGCAGCGUGGAGAUCAACGAGGACAUCGCGCCGAGGCGCUACUUCCGCUCCGGAGUGGAGAUGGAGCGCAUGGCGGCGGUUUACCUGGAAGAGGGCAGCCUGGAGAACGCCUACGUCCUCUACACCAAGUUCAUCACUCUGUUUGUAGAGAAGUUGCCCGGCCACAGAGACUAUCAGCAGUGCAGCGUUCCAGAGAAGCAGCUCAUCAUGAAGAAACUUAAGGAAGUGGCGUUUCCUCGUAAAGACGAGUUGAAGAAACGUCUUCAGGAGAAAUACAGCAGGGAACACAGCGAGUACCUCAGAGCCCAGAGCCAGGCAGUGGUGGUGGAUGGGUGUGGCCAGCAGCUACAGCGGCUCUCCCUAUUGGACGAGGACAGGAGGCGGUUCCUGCUGUUGGAGGAGGAGCGGCAGCGUGUCGCCGCCCUGCGACGCAUGCAGAUCGAAUCAGAACAGUUUCGCUACUUCGAGGACCAACUCAGGCGCCAAGAACUGGCCAAUAGGAGAGGAGAGGAGGCGGAGCAAAAGGUGGGGACCAAAGUGCCUGAGGUGAUGGACGGCUCCUGUCUGUCUCAGCAGCCAAUCAGAGACACUGUACGAUCUCAGGGGGGGGAUCCUACCAGGAUCAAACCGCCAACUCCCGUCAGCCAACCAGCUGCCACGCUGGCUGGAGUACACAGUCAGAGGGUGGAGGGUCUGAGGCGGGUGGUGAUUCCCAGAGAUCUGACGUAUCGUUUCCUCCUGCUGGCCGACUCCAACACAGCCAGAGGAAUAGAAACCUGUGGAGUCCUCUGUGGACAACUGACGCACAAUGAGUUCAUGCUGACUCACGUCGUGAUCCCGAAACAGUCGGCUGGGCCGGAUUUCUGCGACAUGGAGAACGUGGAGGAACUGUUCAGCUUCCAGGACCAACAGAACCUGCUGACGCUUGGCUGGAUCCAUACUCAUCCCACUCAGACGGCCUUCCUCUCCAGCGUUGACCUCCACACUCACUGCUCCUAUCAGCUGAUGCUGCAGGAAGCCAUCGCCAUCGUCUGCGCUCCCAAACACAAUGAUACUGGUGUGUUCAGGUUGACCGGGCCGGGGAUGUCGGAGGUUUCUGGCUGCAGACUGAAAGGUUUCCAUCCUCACUCCAAGGAGCCUCCUCUGUUCAGCGUGUGUAAACAUGUGGUGGUGAGGGACUCAAAGAUCAGCCUGCUGGACCUCAGGUGACAGACAGGAGGCGCUGUCUGUCUCUUUACUGCCGGGCUGAUUGAAAACUGUGAAGUGUGAAUGUGUCGUCGUGAUGUUUUUCAGCAUUUGACCUUUUUGAAAAAAGCAUUUCAAAACUCAGUGUUCGGUUUUCUGGAAGUGCUUUGACAUUUUUGUGAAAUUUGUUCUAACAAAUGUUUGUUUUGCUUUUGGAAUCAGCUGCUGGCUGUACAAAGAUAUAAAUCUCUAUAUUUUUGCUUUUAUUCUUUGUGGAUCAGAGUUUCUCCUGCAGUGUAAGAUGUGCUGUGUUGAAGUGACGAGUGCCUUCUUAUGAAAAACUAACAAACGUGAAUGUUUACCUGCCUGUGUUCAGAGAACAAAUCACCACUUAUAUUUGAUAUGUUUUUGCUUCAUGACGUUGAUCCCUAGUUUUGCAUUAACUGGAGAGAACACGUGAGGUCGCCUUCGUAGGUAGAGAUGAAAACAAUCUUGCACAAAGCAUUAAUGUCAGCGCUGUAUCGUAGGCAGUCACACUGAGCCAAUCAGCAGCAGCUGCACAACACAAGAGCCAAAAUCAGCAGCAGCUGCACAACACAAGAGCCAAUCAGCAGCAGCUACAGAACGCACAGAAAGAGCCAUAGACUGUGAACAACGCCCCCUUUAGCUUCAUGCUAACGUCUCCCUCUUAUCUACCUUACAAACAUGAACACAAGUCUCGUACUGAACGAGGAAGCAAACAGUCAGUGGGGAAAAGCGCACCGCUAACAUCAGUGUGCAGGCUAAUUAGCUAGUUAGCUGCUCAGCUGUAACACAUUAAACAGCAUGUAAACACACCUGCAAACGUUACCUGGGUCUGGAUAGAUGCAGUUGUGGUUCUUACUCUUCACUUGUCUGUCCAUGACAUACACAAGUUAGUUUACUUUGUCUGCAUUCCCUAUGGCAUAACACAGAUGCUCUCUCGUUCUUUCAUGCGCUACAGACACUCUUGUAUGCUAGAGACAUUCUGACGUUCCCUACAGACGCUGUCUCAUUCCCUACGGCGUAACAGCAGGAGGUGUAGAGCGUGGGGUUUAUGUUGUGGUUUAUUUGUAUACACAAAUAAAAAAAAAUGUCUUGGUACUGAACCAAAUGAACUUCAGCUGUGAAAGAGACCUACGGUACCCACAGUAAUAAAUGUUGUAUUUUCAUCUCAGAGGCCAUGAAACUAAUCAUCGUAUUAAACAUACCGUUAUCUCACUUGAGUUUGCAGGCCUGAAUUUACCCUUAAAAAACAAAAUCAUUUAAUCUCAAAUCUAUGUUUUAUCAAUAAGUUAUUGUCAAUAACUUUGUAAUAAACCCCCUGGUUCCUAACAAACCUGCUCUGCUGCUGUGUGGGGAUGCAGAAUGUUUUUACUUUGUGCACCAGCCGAUGUUUUAAUGUUCGUUGAAGAUCAACUGAACAGCUGUUUUUAAACUUGUUUUUGUUAAUAAAAAACCAACUGCUGCUCCGACCCGUCA